CCCCAACCCCUAUCUUGCUUCCUAACACAACCAUCUUUAUAAGCUGAAGCAUUUGCUUCACACUGCUUCAUUUGACUUGUAACAAUGAUCACCAGCUGGAGGAUCUUCACCUUUCUGCUCAGGCUACUAGCCUUGGCUGCAACUCUGGUUGCCACCAUUGUAAUGGUUACAAGCCAUGACUCUACAAAUGUCUUGAACUUAACGUUCAAGGCCAAAUUCAGCAACUCACCAGCUUUCAAGUACUUUGUGGUUGUGGAAGCAAUUGCCUGCGCGUACAACCUUGUCAUUAUGUUUCUUGCUUCCAAGGGCUCGCUUUGGCGCUUGGUUAUCAUCCUCGACGUGGUUGUAGCGGUGUUACUUGCUUCAAGUGUGUCAUCGGCCUUGGCAAUAGCAUAUGUGGGGAAGAAAGGAAACACGCACGCUGGUUGGCUUCCGAUUUGUGGACAAGUCCCAAAGUUCUGCAAGCAUGUCACUGCUGCUCUUGUUGCUGGCUUCAUUGCAGCAAUCCUGUAUUUUCUUCUUGUUAUCUAUACCCUCUACACUGUUCUCCAUCCUCUAUUUGUUGUAAGUAAGUCUUGAUUUAGUAGAUAGCAGAAUCUGUCGACAUUGCUGCAAACCAAAAAGAAAUAUCAUCUAUAUAUACCUUACAUCUUUUCAUUAAACAAGCAAACUACAGGGAGACAUAAACCUUCUAGGCUAGAGUCCUUAAACUGUUGUCCAAUCACGAAACACAAGGAAGCAUGAAGGAAACAAUUUUUAACAGGCAAGUCUGUCAUUAAACAUAUUCUGGAACGACAAUGCCUAUAUAUAUUUCCUUAUUCGCAAAUCUUGUAGAGGAAGGAGGCAAACUCUUCUGUUGGUGAUCAGUAAAAUGAACGGCACACAGCUUCAAAACUCAGGG